GCAAGACUCAACGGUCAAUACUGUUUCUGAGUCCAAGUGCGAGUUGUGCGACUCAUCUCUGUCAGCUCUAAGCUAAACUCGAGCAACUAGAGAAUUUGAAUUCUCCGAAGAUCAGCAAUGGAUGAGGAAAUGGACGAAGCGGAUACCCAAUCUCAGGUGUAUAUGGCGUGCAUUCUCCAUGGGCAUCGGGUCGGAAUUGCUUAUUACGACUCGAGUAUCCGUCAACUCCAUGUCCUUGAAGUUUGGGAAGAUGGCAACUCUGAUUUCCCCCUAAUUGAUCUUGUGAAGUAUCAGGCUAGGCCCCAGAUAAUCUAUGCAAGCACCAAAAGCGAAGAAAGUUUCUUAUCAGCCCUGCAGCAAAAUGAUGGCACGACUGAGGCCCCUACACUAAAAUUGGUGAAAAGUUCUAUAUUCAGCUACGAACAGGCAUGGCACAGGUUGAUAUACCUUAGAGUAACAGGAAUGGAUGAUGGGUUAAACAUCAAGGAGAGGAUCUGCUACCUCAGUUCCAUGAUGGAUAUGAAUAGUGAAGUUCAAGUUCGUGCCAGUGGUGGUCUUCUUGCAAUAUUAGAGAGUGAGAUGAUUGUGGAUACCCUUGAGCACCAAGAAUCAGGGCGACCAUCAAUUACCAUCGACUCGUUAGCAGAAGUAUCAUUAAACAAAUUUCUUAAAGUCGAUGCAACAGCUCAUGAGGCUUUGCAGAUCUUCCUGUUGGACAAACAUCCUAGCCAUAUGGGGAUUGGUAGAGCAAAAGAAGGGUUCUCUGUAUUUGGCAUGAUGAAUAAGUGUCUAACUCCGGUUGGUCGACGCCUUCUGAGAAACUGGUUUCUGCGGCCCAUACUAGAUUUGGAAAUGUUAGAUCGUCGUCUCAAUGCUAUUUCAUUUUUCCUAUGUUCUGAAGAACUAAUGGCUUCUUUACGUGCAACAUUGAAGUCAAUCAAGGACAUUCCUUACAUUUUGAAGAAAUUCAACUCUCCAAGCUCCGCGUGCAACAUUAGUGAUUGGUCAGCCUUCUUGAAGAGCAUUGGUUCGCUCCUGCAUGUGGAGAAACUAUUUCAGACAGGCGUUUCUGGAAACCUACAAGAGCAUGCACAGUACUUAAAUUUGGAUAUCCUCGAGCAGGCUUCAUCAUGCAUCACUACAGAGCUAGCUUAUGUCUAUGAAUUUGUUAUUGGUAUAAUUGAUGUUACUAGAAGCAAAGGCAAAGGUUACGAGACAAUGGUAAAGGAAGGCUUAUGUGAGGAGCUGGAUGAGCUGAGGCAAAUCUACGAUGAACUUCCUGAAUUUCUCCAACAGGUGUCAUCAGCAGAGCUUGCACAGCUUCCUCAUUUGAGUCGAGGGGAACUUCUUCCUUCUAUAGUGUACAUGCAGCAAAUUGGUUAUUUGUUAUGCAUUUUUUAUGAAAAACUUGAUGAUAUCUCACUUGCAAAGCUUCAUGACUGUGAAUUUGUGUUUUCUGAUGCUGAUGGGCAGACUGAAAGAUUUUUUUAUCGUACGCCGAAGACUAGAGAAUUGGAUGAACUUCUGGGAGACAUAUAUCAUAAAAUUCUAGACAUGGAAAGAGCAAUUACUAGAGAUGUGGUCUCACAUAUACUUCAAUUUUCCGUACAAAUGCUGAAGGCGAUUGAUUUUGUAGCUGAACUUGAUUGUCUUCUGUCAUUGGCUCUUGUCGCUCGCCAGAACAACUACGUGAGACCUAUUUUAACUGAAGAAACCUUGAUUGAUAUACAAAACGGAAGACAUGUUUUACAGGAAAUGACUGUUGACACAUUCAUUCCUAACGAUACGAAGAUUGUUGAUGAGGGAAGGAUCAACAUCAUCACUGGCCCUAACUAUUCAGGGAAGAGUAUCUACAUUAAGCAGGUGGCUUUGAUCGUCUUCCUUUCCCACAUUGGCAGUUUUGUUCCUGCAGAUGCUGCAACUAUUGGGUUGACUGACAGGAUAUUCUGUGCGAUGGGAAGCAAACUUAUGACUGCAGAACAGUCAACAUUUAUGAUAGACCUACAUCAAGUAGGAAUGAUGCUAAGGCAGUCAACCUUCCGAUCCUUGUGUUUGCUGGACGAAUUUGGCAAAGGUACCCUUACAGAAGAUGGCGUUGGUCUACUUGGUGGCACCAUAAGUCACUUCAUUGCUUCUGAGGACCCUCCUAAGGUUCUGGUGUGCACUCACUUGAGCGAGCUAUUCAAUCAGAGUUGCUUGCCAGAGUCUGAGAGGGUGAAGUUUUACACCAUGAGCGUGUUGAGGCCUGACGACAACUCUGUGGGUUCUGAGGACAUUGUUUUCCUGUACAGGCUAGUUCCAGGACAUGCACAUCUUAGCUACGGUGAGUGUAUUCAAUAUGUAUCAAAUCAUACAUGCUACGAUCUUUUAAUGACACGGACUGUGCUUCUUUUUGCAGGACUGCACUGUGCUUUACUUGCUGUUACACCUGACCGCUUCGUCACUGUAGGUGUUCCCGAAGAAAUUGUAAGGAGGGCAGCACUCAUACUGGAAUCUGCCAUGGAGAGCACCUCUGUGGAGCGAUUGUGCAGCGACAGUAUAUCUGCUCAAGAUCAGCUGUACAAGGAUGCUGUGGACAAGAUGUUGGCAUUUGAUGUUGACAAUGGCGUUCUCAACCUCUUCUUCAAGGAGAUCUCCUUCUAGUGACUGAUAGCGGCGGGUCAGAGGUAUCCUCUCAUCUUAUUCGCUUCUAUAACCCAGCAAACAGGCUGUUAUAAACUGCCUUUUUAACUACACAGUUUUUUGUUAUACCCAUUUCUUGUCUCGAAAACCUUCGGCGAAGUGAAUGAAUCGUGGUUCAUAUUUCCCAUUGCUCAUCAACUAGAAAAUCUUGUCACCUUCCAGCAUAAACCCAAUAUUUUUAGGACUUAAACAAUGUGUCUGCAUGUGGCAACUUUCAUACAACCUUGGACUUACAGUUACAUGCAUGCAUUUGCAACAACAGUCUGUCUAAACUCUGAUAACCCUAAACUAAAACUACUAGCCUAGCUAGCUUCCUUCUGCUCUAAGAAGCAUGCUCAGAAACUAAUUUCCUGAUGUUCAUCGGUGCUACAUAUUUCGACGGACCGUCGAUAAUGGCAUCCACCACGUGGCGGUACAUCGCCUCUGUGGGAUGAAUCCUGUCAAAGAACAUGUACUUGUUUCUGUCCUCACAAUAGUCCGAGAAGGGAGUGCAAAGGAAUUCAGCUUCCAAUUUUCCAACCCCACAACAUGCAGCCUUGGUCUCACUAAAUCCAUAGCGAGAUGCAUUGUUGACGACGUCUAGGAAGAAAGUGUAGGCGUCGAAGUACGUGUAGCUGACACCCUUGUGCUUGGAUUUGAACCGUUGCAGCAUUGGCUUGAGCAUUCGGUUGUACGUAUCACACAUGGAAUUCAACUCAUUGUCGCACUCCUGAUUCUUGACAGGGAGCCUUCUUGCAGGAGCACAUCCGAGCGCAGGGAGCCCUGUGAGGGCGAAUCUACGAGCUCCAUACGCGUAUAACCUCUGUCCACAUUUUUUAAACUGGAAGUUUAGACACUAUGAAUCGAGCAAACACACUGGGAACUGGGCCGAGCUUUGGUUAGGGUACCUCGAGCUGUUCUACGAGCUUGGAGGCUGUCUGGUUGGAACGAUCUUGGGGGGCGAACUUCUCGCGAAGACUGUCGGAAUCGUAGUAGUUGAGCAUGUCGUUGCUGCCGAUCACAACCAGGAACAAGGCUUUGCUCACUAUGUUUUCGGUCCGGUCGUACCCUCGGAGCUUCAACAGAGUGGAGUAGACCUUGGCAUAGUAAUCAACUUGCUCCUCCAGCGAAAUGUGAACCCCCUGCUCAAGUCAAAAAACCUAAUCACAACAUAACAUUAUAGUCUGAGAGACCUGCUAAAACAAACAGAAGAUUCCAACUUACGAAAAUGGAUCCAGUGUUCUUCAACACACCGCAACCAGCGGAAGCGAAGUUCAAACCGGUUAAGGGGAUGGACCCGGACCCGAACCCAAACCCGAACCCGAGCUCAGACACAUUCUUGUUAAUGUUUUGCCAGAUGUGCCUGAUCGAUAGAUAUGGCGGCGGGGAUGGCAGACCAAGUUUUUCAGCGACCAAAUCGGAAGGGAUCUUGCCGUUGGAGAAGCGUCCGGUGGGUUCGCCAUACGCAAAAUCGACACCGUAGUGUGGGUAAUUGGAUUUGGCUAUCGAGAAGAGGAGGUGGUUGUUGUUCCCGACGUCCACCACCGAGUCACCAAACACGAACGCCGCCGGGACCAUUUGACCCUCCGAGCAGCUAAUCAUCGCCGCCACCGCCACCACCAUCGUCGUCAUGAACAGCGACCAGCGUCGACGGUAGUCCAUAUACAAUCGAAAUGAAGAAGCAGAAAGUGAAGACGCCAUGGCUAAUGAUGCCAUAAAUAAACUAGUCAAUUAGCUAGAUUAGUUU